CUUCCCUCAGGUAUUUAUAUCUUUGUGUUCUGAUAUGGAGACUAUUAUGGUUUUGAUUUUUGUUUUCAUUCUAAUUCAUUGCACGCAAUGAGGACCGGCGAUGCCAGCAAAAAAGAUGAGAAGGCUUCAUAUUGCCCCUCGACUCGAGGACCUGCCUGAUCUCUCAGUCUCUUUGAUACAGGGAGAUGGCAACAUGUUAAUUGUCAAAGAGGUGUUCAUCGAAUUCCAGCGAAAAGGCGGUUAGACCAGGUUAUUUCCAGUCGGCGUUGUUUUCCUAUUUUUUCUCCCUCACCUUUGUCUUGGUUAAUUUGGACUUAUCUCUCUUCCUACUGCAGGGCAGGUGACUGCAAUUGGUUAG